UCUCCAGGCAAGAUGCCAGCCCCAGCUCUUAGACAAUCCUGGCUUGUGUGGGCCUCAAUGCUACAUUCAGAGACUUCCCCACCCUUCAGGAUAGUCCCUCCCUCUCAAGAGAAGGGAUACCUGGAGGUUUAAAAGAGCAAGAGUCUGGGGAUUGGGUUCAGACCUUCUGGACAUGAACAACCGACCCAGGCCAGGGGUAUCAUGUCUGGGUUGAGGUGCCUCAUCUGUGUCAGCUCUUUUCUGACUAUUCUCCUUGAACUGACAUACCAGGGACCUCCUGCCCCCCCCUCAUCAAGCACAAAGCUGUUGAUGACAAGUUAUUCCUUGCAUUCUACUGUGGUUUCUCGCUAUGCCCACACCUUGGUCACCUCUGUCCUGUUCAAUCCACAUGCUGAGGCCCAUGAAGCCAUCUUUGACCUGGACCUGCCUCGUCUCGCCUUUAUCUCCAACUUUACUAUGACAAUUGACAAUAAAGUCUACAUUGCAGAAGUCAGAGAAAAGCGCCAGGCAAAGAAAAUCUAUGAGGAAGCCCAUCAGCAGGGAAAGACAGCUGCUCAUGUAGGCAUCAGGGACCGGGAAUCAGAAAAGUUCCGCAUCUCCACCAGCCUAGCACCAGGCAAAGAGGUGACAUUUUCCCUGGCCUAUGAGGAACUGCUGCAACGGCACAAGGGCCAGUACCAGCUGGUGGUGAGCCUGAGGCCUGGCCAAUUGGUGACAAGGCUAAAUAUAGAGGUCACAGUGUCAGAAAGGACGGGCAUUGGCUAUGUUCACGUACCACCACUGAGGACCAGCCGCCUGCGCACCAACACCCACACAAGAGAGGCUGACUCGCCCCCAUCGACCAGAAUCGAGAGGGGAGAGACCUGUGUCCGAGUCACCUUCUGCCCGACACUGCAAGACCAGUCUACCUUCUCCAGCUCGGGUAUCAUGGCCGACUUUGUGGUCCAGUACGAUGUCGUCAUGGAGGACAUCAUUGGCGACGUGCAGAUUUACGACGGCUAUUUUAUUCAUUACUUUGCCCCCAGAGGCCUUCCACCUGUUGAGAAAAACGUGGUGUUUGUUAUUGACGUGAGCGGCUCCAUGUUUGGUACCAAGAUGAAGCAGACUAAAAAGGCCAUGAAUGUGAUACUUGGUGACCUGCAGGCCAACGACUACUUCAACAUCAUCUCCUUUUCUGACUCGGUUAGUGUCUGGAAAGCUGGAGGCUCCAUCCAGGCCACCACGCAGAAUGUACACAGUGCCAAGGACUACCUGGGCCACAUGGAAGCUGAUGGUUGGACUGACAUCAACACAGCUCUGCUGGCAGCUGCUUCAGUGCUGAACCAUAGCAACCAGGACCCUGGGAGGGGCUCCAGUGUGGGGAGGAUACCCCUCAUCAUCUUCCUGACAGAUGGGGAGCCCACAGCCGGUGUGACGACUCCAAGCGUGAUCCUCUCCAAUGUCCGUCAGGCACUGGACAACAAGGUGUCCCUUUUCAGCUUGGCCUUUGGGGAUGAUGCUGACUUCCCACUGCUACGUCGCCUGUCCCUGGAGAACCGAGGAGCAGCCCGGCGCAUAUAUGAGGACACCGAUGCAGACCUACAGCUGGAGGGCCUCUAUGAGGAGAUCUCCAUGCCUCUACUGGCAGAUGUGCGUCUGGACUACCUGGGUGGCUUUAUUGGGGCCUCCCCUUGGGCCCUUUUCCCCAACUACUUUGGUGGCUCAGAGCUGGUGGUGGCAGGCUUGGUACAGCCAGGUCAGCAAGAACUGGGCAUCCACCUGGAAGCCCGUGGCCCCAAAGGUCAGCUUCUUGUGGCCCGUCACAGUGAAGUAGCCAAGAAUAGCAACCCAAAGGCCUUUGGUUGCCCAGGUGACCCAGCCCCCAAUAUAGCCCACUUCAUCCGUCGCCUCUGGGCCUACAUCACCAUUGGAGAACUCCUGGAGGCCCGCUUCCGCACCCAUGAUACCAGCACGCGCCACUUGUUGGCCGCCAAAGUCCUCAACCUGUCUCUUGAAUACAACUUUGUAACACCUCUGACUUCACUGGUCAUGGUGCAGCCCAAGGAUGCCAGUGAGGAGGCCAAGAGACAGACUUCCACCACAGCUGGACCAGGCAGCAUCACACCUUCAUCCACCACCAGGCAUGGCCUAGGGACAAGCACAGCCAAGCCAACCUUGGUGCUCAAGGUCUCUCCCAAAUCAAGGCUUGUGAACCCAGAGUUCUACUUAUCCUCAACUACUCCUGCCUCUACAAAGAAGAUGGCCAGUUCCAAGGAGGUGGAACCACUAGGUCAUAUCCCUAGUACCCUAUCCAUGCCAGCACAUCCAAGGCCCAAAAUUCCAGCACAACACGAUUCUGGCACCUUGACUCAGCCAACUCUCAGGAUAAAACCUGCUGUCCUUGUUCCCUCAAAUUCUGGUGACUCAUUGCUUCUGAAGCCCCGUACUCCAUCACACCAGAAUCCUGUGUCCCUAUUACCCAUUUAUGAGACACAAGUUCCACCUCUGAAUCCUGGAACUCCAUCCCAGCCCAAAGUUGGCACUAUAAAACAUGUCACUCUACUGCAUUCCAAACUUGGUGCUCCAUCACAACCUAAACUGGAUGCUACAUCACACCCACAGCCUGGGGUAUUCACAUCACAGCCACCCAAAAAUCUGCCAUGGCCCAGGCCUAGAGUCUCCACACUUCAGAUCCCCAAACACCUGCCACACACCAGAGUAAGGGUUCCUACUCCCAAAACACCAAACAACCUGUCACACCCUAGACCUGGGAUCCUCUUACCCAAGACCCCUAAAUUCCUAUCACCUCUUAAACCUAUUGUCCCGCCUCACCCAACUUCUCCAAGCUUAUCACUUUCUAAAGCUAAGACACCACUCCUCACUAAAUCCAAAACCCCAUUACCCUCCAGACCCACCAGACCCAGACCCCCACCUCCUCAGAGCCUCAGCACAGUCCCAAACACAAUCUCAAAUCCCACAAUUUCCAGCAGUAACAUGACCUCUGUCCUUGGAGAGCCCCUUCCUACUCCCUUUCAUCCCACCCUACCCUCUCUGCUGCCCCCUGGAAGGUUCUGGCAUCAGUAUGACCUAUUCUCAGGGCCCCAGAGCACAAGGGAAAUUCUGAGACCAUCUGUGUCAGGAGUACCAACAAUGGGUCUACCCAACAGCUCCAGGCCUUUGCCAGAAGUCAUCCCCCCAAACCUGCCAGUCUUGUUACCUUCUAGCACCCUCCCUGAGGCAGGCAGCCUUCUCAUUCUUCCUGAGGAACUAGAGCUGCUGUCUGAGUCAAUGAUGGAGUCCAAGUUUGCGGAGUCCUUAAACCCACCAGCUUUUUAUACUUUCCCCACUCCUGAUGAAAAUGGAAAUCCACAUUGGGAAGGUAAUUCUGAAGAGAUCCUGGGAGGAGCUGGAAGCAUCAUGGAAUCUCAGGGAAGUUCUACAGGGCUAGCAAAAGGCAUAUUACCAAGCAUCUUUACCUUUUCAUCCUCAGUGGAUGGUGACCCCCACUUUGUGAUCCACAUCCCCCACUCAGAAGAGAGAAUCUGCUUCACAGUGGAUGGGCGCCCAGGAGAUCUGCUACAGCUCAUAGAUGACCCCAAAGCAGGGCUUCAUGUGCAUGGACAGCUGCUUGGGGCACCACCAAGGCCAGGCCACAAGGACCAGAUCCGCACCUAUUUCCAGAUCAUCACAGUCACCACAGAUAAACCCUGGGCCUACACUGUCAACAUCACCCACAGUUCCAUAUCCGUGCGAGGCGAGGGUACCUUGUUUCUGUCCUGGGACCAACCUGCCCUACUGAGAAGGAGCCACAUGGAGCUCCAUGUGGCUGCUGCAGCCCACCUCACCCUCCGUUUUGGACCCCACCUCGAGUUCCUAGUCCUCCGACACCGCUACAGGCACCCCAGUGCCCUGCAACUACCCCACCUUGGCUUCUAUGUGGUCAAUGGCUUUGGCCUUAGUCCCUUGGCCCAUGGCCUGCUGGGGCAGUUCCAGCAUGCAGACAUCCAGCGGGUGGCAGGGUCUGCAGGGCCAUGCUUGCGGAGACGCCAAGGCCCAGAUGUGCCUGUGAUUCUAGGCAAGAAGCUGCUAAAGGACUCACCAAGGCUGCGGCCCCGCUGGGCUUCCUGCUGGCUGGUGAAUCGCUCUCAUGUACACAAGCUUCUGGGCCACCCCUACCUUGCCUAUGUCCUCUGAUGACCCCUGAACUCUAGAGCCAGGAGACCUGAGUUUAGGAAACCCAGAGGCCAGGGCCUCUUUGUUCCUGGAAUGAGCCAGGAACAGACUGAGAAAAAUGAAGACACAUGCAGGGAAACACAGACUCACUCACACACUAAGUGACACGUAUACAAGGACAUACAAACACACACAGACAUGCAUACUUUUGUACCCAGAGACUUAGGGACUCCUUCUUCCUCACAAUUCUUCCUGUGUCCAGUCUCUACUCUCUUUAAUCCAUACUCUAUACCAGCUUUAGAGGUAACUUUCUUAAAACAAAAAGCUGACCAAGCCUAUGGCCCUACUCACAACCUGCUCUGGCUCCCAUAGCAUAUUUAAGGCUCUUAGAAUUCCCCUAACAAGCCAUGAUCUCUCCCACCACUGGGCCUUUGCAUGUGUUUUUCCUUCUGCACAAGACUCCAUUCCUUAGCUUCAUGUAGGUAGAUUGUAUACAUCUUUCAAGUCUUAGUUGUCAUCUUCUCUAGAAGGAUUUCCUUGAGCCCUCUCCUUGAUUGAGUUCAGUCCCCAUCUGUGUUCCCAUAGCUCAACCCAUUCCAUCCAAGCUCACAGUGUUUAUCAUACUAUAUAGUAAUUAUCUGUUUACUUAUCUAGAUCCCUGACUUAGACUGUGAACUGUUUAAGGGCAAGGACAUUUUCUAAAUCAUCUCUGUAUCCUCAGUGCCUGGUAUAAUAGGUGCUUAGUAAAUAUUUGCUGAAUGAAUAAAUGAAUGAACAAAAAAAGAACCAAUGGCACAGAAGUGAACACACACAUGUACAUACAACCAGAGUCACAGGAUCACACAAAG